AAGGAAAAAUUGAAUGAAAUAGCGCUCAACUGGUGGCCGUCUUAGCGCAGUUUUAUUUGGUCACUAGAACCGUUUGGAUGGCUCGAAAAUAUCUCCUCCAGUUAAAUAUUCCCAAAUAAAGUAUUGUGAUUUUUUAAGUACUCUACAUUUUUUCGUUGAUUUCCAUUUAAAGUAAUAUCUGUUGAAAGUAAAAAAUUCAGCAGUUUGGGUUCUUGCAAUUUUUCGUAAAGUUUAUCUCGUACAUGUUAGAAGCGGUUCCAAAGGAAGUAAUCCGUCCGUACGAGAAGGGUUUCAAGUGUAGUGUUCGCGUGUUAAUGUGAUUUCAUAUUACAUCAAUUGCUAACAUUCACAGCAGUGAGACUACGUUGAAACGACGUUAAUGAUGAGCUUACUAUCAUUAAUCGUUCUUUUUUGUGGAUUAAUAAGUGCUUAUUUCCAUACAACAUAUGCAGCGUAUCCAUACUAUGGGACAAAAAUCGGGCCAUUGUCUCAAUUUCACCAUGGUGUGUCUGGGGACGUCUACGCAGUCGAUUCGAGGACAUUAUUUUUAAAAAAUUUCAACUAUGAUGGUGAAGCACCAGCUGCAUAUUUCUACGUUGGCACCACACCACAACCAACCAAUGAAGGUGCAUAUCGAUUGCGUGAUGAACAUGGAACCAUGCGACUUUUAAAACGUUAUCGUAACAAAGACGUAACUCUCUCAUUGCCAGAAGGGAAGACAUUACGUGAUUUCAAAUGGUUUUCGGUCUGGUGUGAUGAAUUCGCUGUCAAUUUUGGCGAUGUUAAGAUACCAACCAAUUUAGAUUAUCCAAAACCACAGAAGCUGGCCCCUUUAAACGGAGUCCACGGAGUGGCUUCAGAUAAUAUUGUAAUUGUGGAUGCGCAAACGAUUCUAGUGCCGAAUUUCAGUUACGAUGGAGAAGCACCAGACGCUAAAUUCUGGGUAGGCCGAGGAUCGAAACCAACCCCUAAUGGUGUUCGACUAGCAGAUGAAAACGGCAAAGAAGCUCCUCUGAGGCGAUACGAUCAUAAAACGAUCGUUUUGACUUUGCCUGGUGAUUUGACCGUUUUCGAUAUUGGUCACUUUGGGGUAUGGUGCGAAGCAUUCACUGUCGAUUUUGGACACAUCCGUGUUCCUGAAGGUCUCAAUGUUCCACCAUCUUUGAAAAUGCUUGGUAUAAGUCCUCAGUCAAAACUAAAUUGUGAAGUGCUUUAUGAUGAUCUGGCUUUUGAAGUAAGGUGGGCCGUGGCCGGAGAAAGUGUUGUCGUGCAAUUAGUUGCGAAACUAGAUAACAAUGAGUACAUGGCCUUUGGAGUUUCACCAAAUAUUUAUAAAACUGUAAUGGUUGGGGCUGAUCCAGUAGUUGCUGGGGUUGACAGGGAAUCAGGAAAAGGAUUCGCAGUCGAUUACUACUUAGAUGCCAAGUCACAGUGCUCCGGAAAACAUGGCAGCUGUCCAGACACCCGGAUCCAAGAAGGAACGGAUUCCGUGCGCCUUCUUAACGCUGCGAUGGUCAACGGUUACUCCAUCGUUACAUACCAACGUUCACUUAAAGCAGCAGACCAUCUUGAUUUACCAAUUUAUCUUAACGGUUCCCAGGCAAUAGUCUGGGCUAUUGGUCCGCUAAAUGAACGAGCAGAAGUAUCCUUCCACUCUAAAUACACGAAAGGUGAUCAGUUGAUCGAUUUUGGUCGUCAACCAACUUGGAACUGUCCAAUGCCUGAAGACGAUUAUAAAAUGAAUCAGGAUGAAUAUUAUGAAUCACGACCACAACAGACUAGUCAAAGACCAGUUGCUCAGCCACAGUAUGAUCAGCAAAGUACUCCACAGAUACAGCACAAACAGGAUGAUUAUUAUGAACAGCAACCUCAACAUAGUAGAGACCCACCACCACCACCACGAGGUUCUGGAACUCCCAGUAGACGCCCUGUCCCGACCCCAAAACCAGCUAGUUCGAAGGAUGCCUGGGAAAUUCCACCAAUUCAGUGUUAUGAACCCGAAGAUGGUGUGUUUUAUGCUCAAAUGGGACCAACAGGCGGUAAACAUGGAUAUCCAGCGAUAACAGGACAUGUUGGAUGGGGCAUUUCAUGGUACAUCAACGGACUUCUCAUCCCAGAAAUUAAUGUUGUUCGAGGAAAAACCUACACGUUUGUAGUUGAAGGUGGAAAUGAUCCUGAAACUCCAGCUAAAUAUCAUCCAUUCUAUAUCUCAGAUGACCCAGUUGGUGGAUACGAAUACAAAACUGAAGAAGAAAAAGCUAAUGUUCGCAUAUAUGCCGGAGUGAAACGUUCCAGAACUGGUCACGUAAUCCCAACUGGCGUUGGUAGACUUUGCAACUGGACACCGGACAUCGAUGGCCCACCGGCUGAUGAUUAUCUCUCCUUCGGUGCAUAUCAACGUACCCUUACCCUCAAAUGUGACGAAGGCGAACCUGGAAUCAUUACUUGGACACCUGAUCAAUCAACUCCUGAUACAGUUUACUAUCAAUGCUUCACUCAUAGGUAUCUGGGUUGGAGAAUCAACGUCUUAGAUUCAUGUGAAGAUGGCCAAGCGUCGGAAAUCGAUGAAGUUUUUGCCGAACCUGAAGACGACAUGACUGCUGAACCUUCAAUUCGUCACGAAACAAAAGUCAAACCAAAUGAUAACUUUCUCGUGAAACAUGAAAAAGACUUGAUUAAGAAUCAUAAUAUGAACGAAGCCCCUCCAAAACUACUUUUUGAAUUAAAAAACUCGACAGAGUUGACAAAACUUAUAACUGAUGGAAUUCGUGCGGCUGAAGCCUUAGAGGAGAGUAUCAAAUAUCCCCAACAGAAUAAAUCAUUUGAACUUCCUUACCAACCACAAGCACUAGCGUCCACUCCAGGAUAUUUGCAAGGGGAGGUCCAAUAUAAACCAGUUGAAGACCAUAACGUUCAAGUUCCAGUUGAUCAUUUAGUGGUUCCUAAUGUUCAAAUUUCGCCUUUUUUAAAACCACCACAAACACCUCCGGUAUUCCGUCCAGUUAAACUCGCUGGACGUCGUCCAACACCAAUGCAAUACGAACGUCGUCCCAAUUUCAGACCACAACGCCCAGUUGUCUUGCCACAACCAUCUGUGAUAGUAAAUCAUUACAAAAAACCAGUUCCACCAAUAAUGAGACCUUUUGUAAAAAACGGUCCCUUUCCAAUUGAUCCAAUUGCAUCCGUCCUCCUUUUAGGACAAACAACGGAACUGGGAGUGCCACCCCGUAGCAAUGAGCCUCUUCUAAAAUCAAAAAACAAAUAUAGUAGUAUCCCGGUCCCAUAUGUGGAUACAGCUCCUCUUGGUUCAAAGCCGAUACCAAGUGUCAUUCAUAAUGGACCGUACGUCAAAGGAAAGAAGCCAUUCAUUAAGCGGGUUCAAGACCAGGACAAAUACAACUCAAAGCCAAUGCUCUUCAAAAUCCCAUUUGAAAUAAAGGAAGAACUUCCCGUGUCAUCAUCUCUGAAACCAGCUGUUAACACCGGAUUUCAACCAGACUCAGUUGUAGUCGAAGGAGGAUUCAAACCAAUCCUCCGAAAGCGCAAGGAUGACGAUUUCGACGAAGAUGUUGAUGCCGUUACCAAUCGCAGACAGGACGAUAAUGUUCCGGAAGUUGACGAUGCUUCCGAAGGUGAAGCACUUUUUUUUAAUCAGGACAAAGAGAGCCAAUCAUUUGAACCAAUGUUCAUCCCUUCUCCACCAGAUAGCACUAACUCCAGCGUAAUUGUUCGAAAAUCCAUCCAGCACCAGAAAAACCACGGCGAUUUAGAAGACAUGGACUUUGAAAACGGUGACGAUAAAAUGGCAGUUGCAGCUGAGCGUUUCGAAUCCUAUUACCUUCCUCCUGAUCCAAAAAUCCAGCUGAAUGUCGCCAUCCCUGACGGUGCAGUGGUUGCAUAUGACGGGAAAGCCGUACUAGAUACAUCCUUGGUGAAUAAUCCACCCCCGCAUUUACAUAUAAACGAAAAACAUAGCGGAGUCUCCAAAGUAGAACAACUUGUUCGAAAUACCCCUCAAUUUGGACCCUUCCGUGGAGAAAUGCCCCCUCCCGUUCCGAAUGUCUUGCCAAAGGAUUUACCUCAAAUCAGUAGCCAACGACUGAACAACCCGAUUACCGAAUAUACCAACCCCAUUUCAUCUUUAAGUAUUAACAGCCCAAUAUCUACGAAACUUACACUUUUGCCCAAGACCAGACGCUAAAUUAACACUCUUGGGUCGAGGAAUGAUUGCAGUAGAUGACUAGUGUAAGGACUAGAUACGAGAUAUCAGAGUAAAGAUAGAUGAGACGGUUGUAAAUAGAAGAAUAGAACUUUUGUAUUGUAUGUACUUAAAUAGAUUAAUUUGCUGUGGUAUUUUUGAGAUUGAAUUGUCUGAGCUAGAAUAUUCGUGGCUCAGCAAUUUAGACGAAAAGUAUAUUGUAUCACAUUUUACGAUUGUUUUUGCUUUUUUGUUUUAGAAAGAUACAGAUAUUUGUUUUCAUUUUUUGUGUAACAUUUAAAGAAGAAAAAUAUAAAGAGAUUAUUAUCUACGUUUA